CACUGGAAGCAUCUUCCGCCACUGGAAGAGCCGUGGACACGCUCUAAACAAUAGUUUACAACCAAUGCUGCUCCCGAGACUGCAGACGUCACGAUGUGUCGGGGACAUUGGCUCGUGCCGCCGUCUCCUGGCGAGCUAGGGAAUGUGCCCCUCGACUGUGCCCACGGUGGUUCCGCCCUCGUCAGCCACACCCCUCCCCAGUGAGCCCCGCCUCCUGCUGCUGCCGCCCCAAGCCGCAGCUGCAGCAGAGGGGCAGUGAGGGCAGGCGGCCACGUGGAUGGCGGGCGGUCAGCUCUAACGCGGAACUCAGGCACACGUUUAACUGCCGCUGCAGCACCACCACCAGCGAUGUCGAUCGCGGCGGCCGCCGCAGAGUACAUCUUCUCGGACUCGCUGCUCAAGGACUCGGCAGACGCCAGGUUCAAGGGCCUGCGUCUCGAGCUGCCGGCCGACCGCCUCCUCAAGUUCAUCACGGUCGGCCUGCCGCUCAUGCUCAUCUCGCUCGCCUUCGCACAGGAGAUCUCCAUCGGCACUCAGAUCAGCUGCUUUCCCCCAGCAAACUUCUCAUGGCGGCAGGCGAUCUACGCCGAUGCGUUUUGUUGGGCGUCACUGCUCCACCAUGGCACCGAGCCUGACGGGACUCCGCACCAACAGUCACUGUGGAUACACAAGAUGUUCCCCUACGCGCUGCUGCUCAUCGCCGUUUCCAUGUACGUACCUGCGCUGUUCUGGCGCUUUGCCAUGGUGCCCCUGCUCUCGUCCGACCUCGUCUUCAUCAUGGAGGAGCUGGACAAGAGCUACAACCGCAGCGUGCGCCUUGCGCAGCACAUCGUCCAGCGCUGCCCCCGCUCCGGCGACGCCAACAAUCUCUUCUACGACGAGGUGGACCGGGCUCGCCGCGAGAACUACUUUGAGUUCCCGCUGCUGGAGAAGUACCUGGCUUGCAAGCGCGACACGCGGGAGCUCCUGUGGCGCUACGUCGCACGCAACCUCCUCGUGCUGCUGCUCAUGCUGCUGUCGUGCCUCUACCUGGGCUUCUACCACGCCGUCGCCUCCGUCCUCGACGAGUUCAGCUGCAACAUCAAGACGGGCCUGCUGGCCAACGACAGCCUCAUCCCGGGCCUCAUCCAGUGCAAGCUGACGUCGGUGCGAGUCUUCUACGUGCUCAGCCUCAUCAACAUCUCGGUGUACGCCCUCGCGUCCGCCCUCGUCUUCUACAACGUCGCUCGCCUCUGGCGGCCCAACCAGAGCUUCCUCGACGUCUACGAGAUGCUGCCGUCGUUUGAGGUGCUCGGCGGGCGGGGCGCCGGCGCGUCGCGCGCCGGCGCCUGCCGCUGCCUGCCCAGCGACCUGUCGGUCAUCCUCCUCUUCCUCGGCGCCAACGUCCACGAGCUGAAGUCGUACAAGCGCCUGCUGGUGUUCCGCAGCGUGCGCCCGGUGCCCAGCGCCUACGACGUGGACACGCUGGUGGACACCAUGACCAUCCUGGCGGGCUUCGAGAUGUCGAGGCGGGGCGGCGGCGAGAACGCCGGCGGGCCGGGGUCGUCCGAGGUGGACGGGGCGCGAGUGGCGAAGGACGCCAAGGGCGCAUCGCGGCAGCAGCAGCAGCAGCAGAAGCAGACGUCCAGUCCGACUGACUCGAUACGGAAUAAGUUGCUGCGGCAAAGGCAGCAAGAUCAGAACACGGCGAGCACUAACGUAUGACACCCCUGGGGGGGGGGGGUCUCCGAGUCCCGGGAGAAUCUGUGUCACCGCCUUGCGAAAACGCGUGGACCCAUCCACUGAAUGCACGUGCGGUCGCACGCACGCAAAACAAAUACAGAGGUCCCCCCCCCCCCGUGUGUAGCCUUAAGAGACUGUUGGGGAAAGUGCUGUUAGCGAGCAGCACCUGUGAACGCUGGGG